UCAGCCCCCUGGCUGGCCCGGGCCAAUGGGUGUCCGAGAGAAAGACAGUGACCCGUGCUGCCCGUACAGGACGGGAUCGGGAAUAUGGUCCAGGCCUGGGCUGACGCCGCUACUUAGCGAAUGGCUGAGCGGGACCCGUACCGUGCCUGGGCCGUGAGGGAUGCGGAAGGAACUAUAUGCAAAAUGUCUUCUCGGUGGAGCUGGGUGAUGAAUGCUUUAUAUAUUUCCCUGAGUGUUUGCUCUCUUGGAGUUUCAGGUGGACUUGUACAGUCAUGUGGUUACAUCAUCCCAGAGUCUCCAGUGUUGACCCUUGGCUCCAAUUUUACAGCAUUGUGCAUUCUCAAUGAGAGUUGUCUUGACUUUGGCAAUAUACAUGCCAAUCAGAUUAUUUGGAAAAUCAAAAAUUCUGUAGUGCCUAAAGAACAAUACCAUGUAAUAAACAGAACUGUUUCCAGUGUCACAUUUAGUGACACCUCUACUUUAGCUACUCCUCUGACAUGCAACGUUUUAGCAGAUGGACAGAUUGAGCAGAAUAUCUAUGGAAUUGCAGUUACACUGGGCCUGCCCCCAGAGAAGCCUGAAAAUUUGAGUUGCAUUGUGCAUCAGAUGUCAAAAACUAAAUUUAUUAUGACUUGUACCUGGAAUCCUGGAAGAGAUACAUUCCUAGCCACUGAUUUCCGUUUAAAAUCUCAAUGGCCACUAGAAACCUUGCCUGACUGCGAACCACAAGGUGUAAAUAACUCUUGUGGCAUUUCCAAUGUUCAGUUUUUUGUCAACCUGGAGGUCUGGGUGGAAGCUAACAAUGCCCUUGGGAAGGCUGAAUCUGAGCACGUUGAUUUUGAUCCUGUGGACAUUGUGAAACCUCUACCUCCACACAACUUAGCAGUCAAUUCAGGAGAAUUACCCACUGUCUUGAAACUGUCAUGGGAGAACCAAAUUUCACUUGUUGAGAUGGAGCUGAAAUUUAAUAUUCGAUACAGGAUCAGUGACAGCCCAGACUGGAUGGAGGUUCCUCCUGAAGAUACAGCUUCACACAGAACUUCAUUCACUGUUCAGUCCCUUAAGCCUUAUACAAAGUAUGUGUUUUCACUUCGUUGUAUGAAGAAAGAUGGGUUGGGCUACUGGAGUGACUGGAGUAAAGAAAAGAGUGGGGUCACAUCUGAAGCUAAACCAUCUAAGGGACCACCUCUAUGGAGGAAGAUUGGCAUAUCUCACUCUCCAAACUUCUGGACUGUGCAUCUGAUAUGGAAGGAAUUGGAUCGUUCUGAAGCCAAUGGAAUAAUCUUAAGAUACGAAGUGACUGUCAGAGCAAGACCCCCUCUGUCACGUGCAUCUGAAAAAUACAGUGUUAAUAGCACAAACCUGACUUUAAAUUUAACAAAUGGAACAUAUGAUGUGACAGUAACUGCUCAUAACAGGAUUGGUGGAUCUCCCCCAUCGGUUUUGCUUAUUCCAGCAAGUAACUCAAAAGCUUCUGUGAAAGAUAUUAAAGCAUUUCCUAAAGAUGGCAAGCUCUGGGUAGAGUGGACGGCUCCUGACAAUAGCGUGGUUAAAUAUGUGAUUGAAUGGUGCAUGGUGUCCGACAGCUCGAACUGCACCGCAGAAUGGCAGCAGGAACUUGGUACUUCUCAAGGCACAUUUUUAAAAGGAGAUAUAAAGCCAUUCAAGUGUUAUUUGAUAACUGUUCAUCCAUUGUAUAAUAAUGGUCAAGGAAAUGGACAAUCUACAAAGGCAUAUCUUCAGCAAAGAAGGCCUGCAAGAGGACCCACUGUUCAGACAAAAAAAGUAGGAAAAGCUGAAGCCGUUUUAGUAUGGAAACCUCUUUCAGUGGAUGAGCAAAAUGGGUUUAUCAAAUAUUACACUAUAUUAUACAGAACUAUCAGUGGCAAUGAAACAGCUGUGAAAGUGGACCCUUCAAAAACAGAAUAUACCCUCUCCUCCUUAUCCAGUGACACUUUAUAUAUGGUGAAGAUGGAGGCACAUACAGAUGAAGGAGGCACAAGUGGUCCUGUAUUUACAUUUACUACACAAAAGUUUGGAAAAGGAGAAAUAGAAGCCAUAGUUGUACCUGUGUGUCUGGCAUUCCUGUUGUCCAUCCUUCUGGGAGUAUUGUUCUGCUUUAACAAACGGGACUUAAUUAAAAAGCAUAUCUGGCCUAAUGUUCCUGAUCCUUCCAAAAGUAAUAUUGCUCAGUGGUCCCCUCAAACUCCAACUAAGCACAAUUUUAGUUCUAAAGAUCAGAUGUAUCCAGAAGGCAGCUUUACUGAUGUAAGCGUGGUUGAAAUAGAAGCAGAUGACAAGAAGUCCGUUUCAGAGCAGGAUCUAAAACCCUUCAACUUGCUUAAAAAGGAAAAAAAUACUUCAGAGGGGCACAGCAGUGGUAUUGGAGGAUCCUCAUGCAUGUCUUCUCCUAGGCAAAGUGUUUCCGACAGUGAUGAGAGUGAAUCUGCACAAAACACUUCAAGCACUGUACAGUAUUCAACUGUAGUACUCAAUGGCUACAGAGACCAAAUUCCUUCUGUUCAAGUCUUUUCAAGGUCUGAAUCCACCCAGCCGCUGCUAGAUUCAGAAGAGAAACCAGAAGAUAACCCAGGAGGAGGUGAAAGUGCAGCUCCAAGGCAGCAGUAUUUCAAACAAAAUAGUAGUCAAGAUGAAACCAAUACAGAUGGGUCAUAUUUUGAAAGAGCAAAGCAAGUUACUCCUCCAAUAAACGAGGAGGAUCUUGUUGGACUUGCACAACUACAGAUUUCUGGUCACAGUUCACAGCUGUGUGGCUCUGGGCCAGAGAAAAAUAAACCUGAAUCUGCUUUGGCAGAUGCGUUCAGCCCCAGUACUGAGGGACAGAUUCUGAGACUGGAAACGAUGGGGAUAAACACAGCAACAGUUGAUGAGAUACCAAAAAGUUACAUGCCACAAACUGUAAGGCAAGGGGGCUAUAUCCCCCAGUGAAAGGAGAGAGACUGGCUCUGUUAGGCCUUCAGUAGUGCCUGAUCCAUUUUUUUCCCCUGUAUUUCUGAUGAGUUAAGCUAAGUAUUUUUAUCUGAUUUCAGAUAAAAAUAUUCAGAUUCAUUUAGUGAAGAGAAUUUGAUGGAGGGUACAUGAGUACUAUAUUUCAUUGGGAUAUUUCCAGUCCAGAAUUACUGGAGAUCCUCCUAUAAGCACUACAUAGAUUCUCUUAUUUGUCUGAAUAAUUGAACAGGCCUUUGUGCUGCCUUGCAGUUUUGUUUCUUUGUAAUGUCACAUUUAAACAUGAUUUAUUGAAAGUAGCAAGUUUUAUUUUGUUACAGAGGCCAAGGGGCAUCUAAGAGAAAAAUACCAGGAGCCCUCUGGCUCCGCUCCAGCUCCAGGUAAAAACCUACAGCUCCACUGCUCCAGAGCUGCUCCGCGCUCCAGCUCCGGGCUCCGUUCCAAAGCCCUGCUUCUGGCAGUGCAUGAUAUUAAGAUGCCUACUUUGGCUAAGCUUGAUUAGACCAGAGUGUGUUCCUCCAAAAGUAAAAAAUGAAAGUACAGUAUUAUAUAUUUUUAAGAUGUUAUCCAAUGACCAAACAAUUUCGGCCCACAUUCAUCCCUGACUAACUCUAUUGACUUCAGUGGAAUUAUAGAAGGGAUGAAUUUGGCCCAAUAUUUCUAAUGUAAUAGCAUCAAACUAAUGUCUCAAAAUAUUUCAGGCCUCAUAUAAAGAACUGUAAAACAAAGGUCUGAAGUACUUGGCACAAAUUGCAAUCAAAAUGCCAUCACUGCUUAACUCUCUAUGAAUGCUAGUGUAGUCAUCAGCAUUCUGCCUGCCUCUCUCUCUCUCUCUCUCUCUCUCUCUCUCUAAUAUAUGUAUACACACAUUUUAUAUAUACUCACCCGUAUAUAGACACUAGGCAUAAAAACUACCUACCUUGUAAUCUGAGCCAAAUGCAUGGCAAUUUAAAUUUUCAUAUUUAGCAUUAAAAACUUUGAAGGAAAAUGUAGGUAAGAACAACUCCCCUGUAGGCGAAUUGAAGUGUUUAUUUAAAAAUGAAUAUCUGUUUAUCUCAAAUCCCUGACUAACCAUACCAUAUAUCUUUGUUUUAGAAUUCGCCUGUUUAUCAUACAAGGUUUGGGUGGGGAAAGGCAAGAAUUAAUAAAAUGUAAUAUUCUAAAGUGAAUUAGCAUGUGUAGGUUUAGCUUUUACAAAUGUUUUAGAAGAAAAAUACUUCUUCCUUUUUGGUCUGCUGCCAAUUCUGGGAUUCUAUGAUUUCCUUGCUACAGUGUAAUGAGCUCACCGAAACCAAAAGUGGCAUAAGGAAAACCAUUCCUUGCUGUAGUAAGGCACUGAUAUUGCUGAUACUUCAGGGAAAAAUCUAGAACCCUGAACUUGGAAGUUGACAGGUAAAACAUCCUUCCAUUUUUCAUUAUGAGCCUGUAAGCAAAAUAUCUAUAUCCUGCUGCUACAAUUCUGGACACCUACCUCCUUUUCCAGUCUUCUCCUUUCCAAUUCUCACAUCCUAGAGAGGAUACAGUUCCUGAAGACAACAAUCUUUGAUAUCCUUUCUUAUAGAUCUUGUUACUCAGAUGAAGGUUUUUUUAAGUUUUCACAGAUGCCAUCCGAUCAGCUUUACAAAGUUAUCUUCUUGUAGCUGUAUCUGAACCUAGUCCAUUUAGUUUUCCAGUCUGGUAUUAAUAAGUCAUGAGCAUCUCUAAGUCUUUGAUUCUCAGGUAAUUCAGAAACACUACAGGCUGUGUUAGGAAAAAUAAAACCUCAUUUUAUAUUUAACAAAAUAAUUAUUUUUUUUUCACAAGAUCGCUGUACAUAAAGAUUCAUCUUCCUGUAGGUCCCCAAAUGCAGUGGUUCCCAACUGUGGCCCAUAUACCACUGGUCUGCAGAAUACUUGCUGGUGGGAUGUGGAGAGCUGGCUGGUCACAUAGUUCUAACUUUGCUCAUCUCCACCUGUUAAUUCACGUUGAAGGGCAAGUUAAAAUUUACCUAACUCUCCAUGUUAGUAGUUGCUAUCAUUGCCACAGGGAAGUUACACAGUAAUGUUAAUGAGAGUGGUGACAUGGUCCAUGAGACUCUCUUUAAGAUGCAUUCUACACUGUGGAAACUUUAAGACAUCUGUACUAGGAUAUCUGGAAAAGCUUUGUUUUAUUCACUUAUGCAAAAUUCCUUAUCCUACUGACAUGUUUCUCUCAGUAAUAAUGUAUCAUAUUUUUGGUACCCAGAAAUUUAAGCGUUGCUGUAUUGCUGUUGCAGCACGCUCUGAUUUUGUUGCUUUUCAGAAACUCCUCCAUAACAUUUCAGUUGGUUGGUCUGCCCAUCUUGAAUUUUUUUUUCUGGGGACAAGGACCCAACAGUAUCCAAUAAGCCUUCAGAACUCCCCAGAUGAUGUAAAUCUGCAGUAUGAAUCAUAGUACUCCAAAGGCCAAACUGUACCCCUUUACUAGAACACAUCUUUGUAGCACAUAAAUUAGAAUUUAGGAACUAAUUUCUUCAUCUGGUAUGUGUGGAAGAAGUGCCCAUUUCCAAAAGGUCCUGUGAAGCUUGCAGUGGAAGCUGUAUAUUCUGUUUUGAAGGUUUCCCUAGGUAAAGUACACGUAGGCCAAAAAGACGAAUCAAACGAACCCUGAAAAUAUGUGUAUUAAGAACCUCAGCAUCCACAUUCUUAACGCUGCAGCCUUUGUGCUCUUGUCCCAUUCACUUCUACUGAGACUUAACCAAUUAGGUUGCUGGUUUCUGACUUUCACAAACACUAGUGUUUAGAGACCUGAUGUCUUCAGAUACAGUUUUAGGAGCUCUUUCCUCAAGCCAGUGAUACAGGCUCUUUAUUUUUAAAGGAUGAGAGUGGAUGACCAUUUACUCUUAACAUUGCAAUCAUGCUCUGAUUUACGUAAAUGGAAGCCAUUUCAGACUCGUUGUUUUAAAUCCCAGCUCACCUCCCGCCACAAUUAAAUGUAAUGUCAGAAGAAAAGAGAAUCCUAUUUUUAAGAGGAGCACCCAGCAGUGAUCGUUCUGAUCUAGUACUGGUGGUAUCUUAUCUUCAGCAUUACUACAGAUAAAUAGGAGCAGUCUUGUUGUAUGAAAGACAAUCCCAUCUUCCCCCUCCCCCCCCCCCCCGGAACCAAAGCUCUGUAUUUCUCAUUCCUAUUUAAAUUUCAGUAUUUAGACUGAUGCAGAAGAUAAAAAUAAAAGGAAAAGGUUGUAAAUCCACAUUUAUGUAGAUGAACUCAUUAUAAAAUUCACAACAGGUAAAAGCAAUGAGCAAUUACAGCCUGGUCAUGAAAUUUUUGUCUGUGCCAAAAUUGUACACUGUGCAGUGUUCAGCUUUUGACCUGAAAUAGUUAACUUUAAUUUUGUACUUUUAAGUCUGGAAAGUACCCUUACACUUAAUUUUAUAUUGGACACUGUAUCUUGCAAGCAGUUUUUUAAAUGUGGAUGUGUAUUAACAGUCUCUACCUAGUCUUCUGACUAUUACUAUACAUACAAAGGCAGACUUUUUUUUUUUUUUUUACUAUGGUGCACUUUAAGAAAAAAUAAAGGCAUUAUUAAAAUAAAACUACAUUUAACACUGACAUUGCUGUGUGCCCAUUUUGAUGAAUUGCCAAGACUGGCAUGCCUCAGAUGGGAAAGUAGAAAUCUUGUAUGUUGUUUGUUCAACAGCAGGGAAGAUGGAGAGUUAAGAAUAGGCAUCUUUUGUGCACCAGCCCACUUUGAAUGUCUGCGCAAUGCAAAUUAGCUAGUUGCUUGUCUCUCUAUUCCUACAACUAUAAAUGUUUUUUUUUAAUACCAUACUAUAAAUGAACCGUGGCUUGGUAAUAUUCUGUCCAGCUGGGAUCUGUUGGUGGUCCUUUGUCUAAAUAGUCAACCCAGACAAAGCCCCAAUCCUUGACAGUGGAGGCAGCAGAGUAGAAGUGGCUUUAAGCCUCCUUUUGUUCCUCAGUCUUGGGCUGGCUGUGCACCAUUCUAGGUGCCUGGCAUAAGUUACAGCAGCCUGAGGAUCACACUAAGGUUGAUUGUCAGGGGUGGCUGAGACAUUGGAGUGUGUGGCAGGGGAUUUCGUAUUUUGGCAUUUGGGAGAGGGCUGGCACAGGGGUGGUUAUAUGAGUUAUUCAGCACCAGUGGACCCCACUGCAGUUUGCGUGGAAGUGAGUCUAUACCUAUGGCUGGGUAUAGAGUCCUGCAUUAGCAGCACAGUUGAGGGUUGAAACCUAAAUCAGCCUUUUGGUGUGUGAAUAUCAUGUGCCUGAUGAUGCAAGCCCUCUUGUUGACUUCAGUAAUAGCUGUCAUGCAGCUCUCUUGUGGGUACAGAGCCCAAAUCAUUGUCUGUGUUCUUAUACCAUUCACAUCAUUGCAGUGCCUGAACCCUAUUGACUUAACCAAAAAUAGGUUCCCAAACUGUUUAUGGUCCAUGGAGACCUGACUGAACAUGUGGUGCUCUUCCUUGUUUCUAGUUAUUUAAUUGCAUUAAAAAAGGCUAAAGUAAAUUUCCUGAUGAUAUUAUCUUUCCGUAUAAUCAGUUGCUUGCUGUUGCUGCAUUGGGACUGUCUGCCCUGUGAACUCCGUUCCUCCCAAUCUCUUUGCUAAAAUGUGCUCCAUCCUAACGGACAAACAUUUUGACAACCUUGUCUUAACCAUUUAUGUCUAACUUUACUACUGCACCAAAAGUAAAUUUGACACUAAAAAUGCUGCUAUUUCAGUUUUCAUUGGCUAUAAUAAACUUGCAAUUCAUUUUAAAUAUAACAAAAUGCAUUGCUGAAGUCCCUAUUUUAGGCAUCAUCCCAUUUCAAUUAAGGGCCAAGCAGAAACUUACAUUUUCUCAGAAACUUGGUUCAUGAAUCAGAAAACUGCACUUUGUGGGGUGUGGGGGAGGGACGGGAAGAGUUUUUGAAGCCAGAGUAAAUCUUGGCUGUGUGCUCAAAACAAUAAAAUAAGUAGAAAAGGUGAAGCUAUUGUUCUACAAACUUAUUCUCAAUAUUUGCUCCCUCAUUGCUUUUGCAGGCUAAAGCAUUCUUUAAGGGAAAGUAAGGAUUCUCCAUUUUCAUUGUAUUGAAUCUAAUCUAAAAGUAGUUUAAACAUGUUUGUUCUUGAGAAGCUGAUACUAUGUGAGGGCCCAAUCUCAAAGGGUGCUGAGCCUCAUCUCCUGUUGACUUUAGCUUCGGCUGUUACUAACACAGCCUGGAGCUCUUAGCAAUUUCACAUUUGCUUUAAAGAGAUCUUUGUACAUAAGGAAUGCAAUAAAAGCAUCAGUACUUUAGAAACACAUUUCUUCUGCAAUGGAUUGAAUAUAAGUAGAUAACACUAGAGCUGUGAUAACGAUAAUGAUCAGAACAAUUUGACUUCCAUCUUGUUUUAUGGACUCGGAUGUCUUCCAGGCAGUGCACUACCUGUAACGGUUACAUUUCUUUGUUGACAGUUACAAACGUACUGGCUUUUAAAGCAGUAAAUGAGCAGCCUUUGCUAUUUUGUUUCAGAUCACACCUCUUUUUUUAUCUUUUCCGUAUCAAAACUUAUUGCUUAACUAUUGCACUGUCAAAGUGCAACUUGGGUUUGUUUUUCAUUUUUGUUUUAAGUUAAAUAGUAACAGGUGCUACACCUACCCCUUAAAUCUUUGUAGUCACAUUUUCCUAAUUAUAAAAUAUUUUUCUGAAUGUGUGGAAAAAUGCAAUAAAAGUGGAAACUGUGAACCUGAGCAUGCAAAGUAUUUUUUUUCAGCUUUAGUGCUCUUCAUUGUUUAAAAUCAAAUGAUUUUUUAAAGGUUAUUCCUUUUAAGCAUGCUGUCUGUCCUCUGUCAGGUAGAUAGGAAGGGAGUGCAUUUCAAAUCUAGGUGUGAAAGCGCGUGCACAAUAAUUGUGCAUCUCUGUACUCAGUGCAGCAAAAAUUUAGCCUAAAAUAUUGAUAUGGCAAUGAGUUACUAAGUAAUAAACUGACUAACAUUUUCUUAUUGGGUUCCAGAGGCAAGACUUCUAAAUAUUAAAUACUGUGACUAUACAGGCAUAGGCCACAGACGCUUUCUUGUUAAUGAAAAUGUCCAAUGCAGUUUCAAGACAUCUGUAACAUUUGACAGUGAAUGUAAAUACCAAAUGGAGUUUAAUACUGUUUGUAUAUUCAGAGUAAUUAGGGCUUGCAAAACUAAUAUUGAUUUUGUAUGCCAGCUCUAAACAAUUCACAUAUAACCAGAUUUAAACUCGCAAGUGCUGCUUAAGCCUCCUCUAUAUAGAAACAUGUUGAAAUCGCAUUCCAGUAUUAAUCCUUUUGCAAGCUGCUGUAUGUUUAUUGUUAUGUAAGUGUUGUGAAUUGUGCUGUCAACAAUUUUUAUUGUAACCUUGAAUGUCUGUCUCCUCUUUACUGUAUUGUACCUGAACGUUGCUUUUCUAUCAACUAUAUUUUAUAAAGUUAAAAAAAAAAUCCCAAACCUGC